AUGAGUACGUCAAAUGAAGUAAAAAAAGGACUCCCUUGCGAGGAAGGAAAAUCAGAUCCUAACUUUUUAAACCAAAGCAAUGAAACAAGCAAAAGUUCUAGUGAUGAUGCCAAAUUAAUUCAGGGAGUUCGACAUGAAUUGGGUAAGGAAGGUUGUCAAGAGUACAAUUUAAUUUCAAAUGAAAACAAAUCUGAACGUGUACAUAUGGAAAAUCGAAAGGGAGAAGAAGAUGGUGAUGAAAAUCAUCUUCACCAUAAUGAUUAUGAUGUAGGAGAAAAUAAUAAUGCUGAAAAUACAACUGAAAUGAUUAAGGAAAUGGAAGCAUUGGAAGAACUCUGUUUUUUGAAAGAAGAAACGAUAUCAUCAAAUGCUGAUGAUGUAAGUCCAGAGAUUUCUAAUGAUAAACAGAAAUGUGUUCAUAUUGUAAAGAAAAACGAUGCUGAAGAUUGUAGUAGACAAAUAACCAAUGAAAUUGCAACCAUAGCAUACAACAUGGAAAAUGAUUCCUUACCAAAUCCAUCACUUGAUCCGCAGCAUAAGCAUGCGAUAAAUCAAAUCAAAUGCAACACAAUAGAACAAGGAAUUGAAGAAGAUACUACAAAUAGUAACGCCAAGGAAAGGGGAGGAGAAAAAGAAGUUGACCAAAAUCAUGGAAAUGUAGAAAAUUGGAUGCGUACAGCAAAUGUUGCAUUGAAUUUUAAGAAUGAAGUAGGUAUUCAAGAAAUAAAUGAACAGAAUAAUCAUAGUGAUGAUGCUAAUCAUUUAAAUAAAUGUAAAGGUGAAAUCGAUAGCAGAAUUAAAAGAAAAAUGCACUCAUUGAAACAAAACGAAGAAAAAAAAAAAAAAAAAACAGAUGCUGAUAAUGCUCCUUCCAUUUUGUCCGAUUCUUCUGAUGAUAUCGAUAUCGAUUCGAAAGAAAAAUUCAGUGAUAACAGUACCACCACUGCCUUGUGUGAAAAACAAAAUAAAGAUGAAAAAGAAGAAAAAAAAAAAAAAGGUUCCAAGGAAGAUCAUGCUGCAUUUGCGGAUGAGAUCUUAAAAGGAUACCCACGCAUUUUCGUAACUAGAUUACCAUUUGAAGCUGGAAAAAAAGAUUUAGAAAAAUAUUUUUCGAAAUAUGGAAAGAUAAUAGAUAUAUAUGUUUCAAAAAAUUUAUCAAAUAAUAAAAAUAAAGGAUUCGGGUUCGUUUCUUUUGAAAAACAAGGAUCAAUGGACAAGGUCUUGAAAGAUAAAUUGCACAUAAUCUGCGGCAAGGAAAUCGUUGUUGAUGUUGCUUCGAUGAGGGACAGUAAAACCAAGAACUUAUUCCACCUUCCGUCAGACCACUACCUAGCAAAGUACCCGAAGAAUGACAAAAAGUUGCCUAACAAAAAUCACAACAACAGCUUAGUAAAUUUUAACAAGUAUCAUCAUAUAUAUAACAAAACAACAAACAUAAGGGACGUGUCAAAGAAUAUCGACAACAAUUUAGUUAUGCAAAAUUUUUAUAAUUUAUGCCCAACAUAUAACAUAUUAGGAAAUAGAAUGAAUAAUAAUAAGCAUGUUUAUAAAAAUAAUGUGCCAGUUUCAUUUUUUCCACCCAAUGGAUAUAAUAUGGAUCCAACUUAUUUUAAUAAUCAACAAGUUUCAUAUCAAAAUUGUCUUGAUUAUAUGGGAAAUGAUUACUAUUGGAGUAUGGCAAAUUAUUAUAACUGGAAUAAUAUGAUGUUUCAUAAUGAAAAUAUAUACAAUGCUAAGAAAAUGGAAUAUCCUCCCUAUUAUGUUUGCAACGGGCAAUACAUGACCCAAGGCUCUCCACCAAUUGCCAAAAAUAAAGUUUCUCGAAAAAAUAGUGCCAUCGAAGAAAAUAAAUUGAAGUAUCCCCUAGGUGCAGCUUCAAAUGGAAAUUAUAGAUCUCCAUUUGUUCGAAAAUUACCUGGUGGAGACGAGUGGAACAAACGAGGAUACAAGCUAUUCGUUACCAAAUUAAAUAGCGUAACCACAAUUGAAACUCUGAGGAAUUACUUCGAAGCGUUUGGCGAAAUUAUUGACAUAUACAUGCCUAAUGACGUAUGUACGAACAGACCUCGUGGUAUUGCCUUCGUCACGUUUCUAGACAAUGAUUGUGUUAAGAAAAUUUUGUCAAACAAAAACUCAAAGCAUAUAAUAGAUGGAAAAGAAGUAGUUGUUGACCUUGCGGACCCAGAAACGAAAACCAAAAAGAAUUUAUGUUAUCCUUGA